CUGAGAAGCACUUGCUAUGCUAGCCUUUGCUUGGAAUAUUGAUCUGGUGGCCAGCAGAGGGUCGAUAUUGCACGACAUCUUUUAAUUUGUAGCGAAUGCGAACAUCUCUCUACAACACCACCAUGUGAUGCAAGCGUCCAAGCUACUGCGAAACAAGCAGCUACAGCUCCAACAAGCUUCUCUCUCCCCUCAAGAUCCACAUCCAAAGCUCGGAACAUGUCAUCGAGCGCUUGUGACAGAUAUUGCUGGCCCUGCAUCGACGCUACCAACGAGACAAACACUAGCCUAUACAGAGAUGCUUGCAUAUCUCAUGCUUCCUAGUGAUGUUGAGACACAAGCAGUGAUCAUUGACUCACUUGGUACAACGCAGCCUCAAGCACUUGCAACACAUAUCACCGCGUCGCUUGAGGGGAAGCCAAAUGGCAAAGAGGUUGCUACCAAGUUGCUAGAUCGGAUACAGUUGACUCGAGUCUUUAAUGCACAUGGCCUUGCAGAAACGCUUCAAGAGAUGCUCGAUGCCCUGGUAGAAGCGUCUGAUGAGCAGAACCGGCAGCAGGGAAGGAUCGGGUUCCUGCUCAUCAGCAAUAUCACGAACCCACUGUCCCUGCUCAUCCAACGUUCUGCCGGAAUACAAGGACCCGAGGCGACAAGAGGCACCGGCAAUGCAACGGAGGGACAUGCAUUCCUUGUACAAAUCAUGCGGCAAUUGAGAUGGAUGGCGCAUACAUUUGGCGUGACGGUAUUGCUCCUCAACAACACCGUUCGUGCCGUAUCAACACCCUUGGUACAGCCUGACCAAGUCGGUGGACGUCAAAGACGCGCAGGCUUUGAUGGGAGUGCAUUCAGUGAUAUUUCAUAUCAGCCUGCUUUGGGCAAGACCUGGCCGCAUCUUGUGGAUGUACAGCUCCUUGUCCACCCAACGGGCGAGAUUGAUGCUUCCUUCCAGGCAGAAGGCAAGGGCUACAUUGUCGAAUGCAUCAAGUCAUGCAUCGGUGGCGUUGGCGACUGGCAUCUUAUUUGAAAGUGGUGAAGCGGGUCGGAAGCAGAGUAGGCUAUAUAGGUAAUACAUGAAUGUAUGAAAAGGACGCAAAAAAAGAAGGCGUAGAGAAGAGCAUGUCAUGACAUUACUCAGCCACUUGAGUCUGUUC